UUGGCAUACUAUAACAUAUGUCGUUCUAAAUUGCCAAAGCGGUAUCUACGACCAUGUUUUUGCGAAUAAGGCCGAGCCUGUUGGCCUUGCCCUUCGUCAUUGGAGUGACUGCCGGCUUCUGGCCCUUCCACACCCAAGUUGAUGCUCUGGAAUCAGACGCGACGAGCGAUGUCAAGCAGAUCGCGAUUAUAGGUGCUGGCUCUGCUGGUUCAUCCACGGCCUACUACCUCCACAAGCUGGCCCAAGAAGAAGGCAUCGAAGUGAACAUAACAGUCUUCGAACGCUCGUCAUACGUUGGUGGCCGGUCAACAACUGUUGACGCUUAUGAUGACCCUGCUCACCCUGUUGAAUUGGGCGCAUCCAUCUUCGUUUCCGUCAAUGAGAUUCUUAUGAACGCCACCAAAGAAUUUGGUCUCGAUCUCAAACCUCUUUCCGACGAAGAAGAACACGAGACUAUCGGGAUCUGGAAUGGCGAAAAGUUCGUCCUAUUGCAAACAUCAGGAGGCUGGGAGUGGUGGAAUAAUGCCAAAAUGCUCUGGAAGUAUGGAAUGUCACCGAUCCGCGCCAACAAACUGAUGAAGGCUACCGUGGGAAAGUUUUUGAAGCUGUACCAGGAACCAUUCUUUCCGUUUAGGUCACUGUCAGAGAGAGUGAUAGAGUUGGAUCUUGUCAGCGCCACUGCGGUCACUGGCGAUGAGCUACUGGCAUCGAACUCUGUCUAUCCACCUUUCACCACAGACAUUAUCCAAGCGUUCACUCGCGUCAAUUACCUACAGAACCUGGGGGUUAUCCAUGGCUUAGAGACGAUGGUCUCCAUGGCUACUGAUGGCGCCACACAAAUUAGGGGCGGAAAUUGGCAGAUCUUCGACCGCAUGCUGAAUGCCUCGGGGGCAACAGUCUACCUCGAUACCGCCGUUUCCUCUCUGGAGAAGAACAGUGGACGGUAUACUCUUACCGCCAAGCCCGCAAAAGCAGCAUGGAAUUCUGCAGCAUCGAAACAACAGUUUGAUAGUGUUGUGAUCGCCGCGCCAUUCCAAUAUUCCGGCCUAAAGCUCUCUGAUGGACUCGUCGAGAAAAACCCCGAUGAGAUACCAUAUGUUCAGCUGCAUGCUACUCUCUUCACAACACCUUUGAAGUUGGAUGGUAGCUAUUUUGGCCUGAAGCCUGGUGACGUUGUGCCUACAACAGUGUAUACCACGCUGUCGCCUUCUGACGAUCCAACGAGCAGGACGGACAUUGUAGGAAAGGCGGGGUUCUUCAGCAUCAGCGCUCUCCGUAGUGUCACUCAUCCCACAUCAGGCCGAAAGGAGUUCAUUUAUAAGAUAUUCUCUUCCGAGGCUGUCACCAAUGAGUUUCUUGGAAGUCUAUUUGGAAUCACAUUACCCGAAGUCAAGAGCCUGGCAGAUUCCCCGAACGACGACAUAACCUGGUUUUACCCGCAUGUCUGGAACAGCUAUCCGUAUGAAUACCCAAGGGUCACCUUCGAAGACAUCGAAUUGGCACGCGGACUAUAUUAUACGGCUGGAAUCGAGAGCUUCAUAAGCACUAUGGAGACGAGCGCCUUAAUGGGCAAGAAUGUCGCUCAGCUUCUUGUUGAAGAUUUCACGGAGGUGUUGGGAGGUGAGAAAUCUGAACAGAAGGAGAAGAGUAAUGUGAUCGAGGAGCUGUGAGGCGGGAUAAUAAGAUAGCUUUGCUUCAUUUCGUGUAGGAAGGGUUAGAGCCGGUGCGUUGGGGGUACAAGCGUAUACUUUGCAGCAUUAUUUUUAAUAGUCUCACUUCAUUUCACUGCGAG